UUUUACGGUAAUAUAGAUUUUAGCGUUAUUAUUGUACUAUAUCCUAGUUUAUUGUGUAUAUAAUAUAGGGUUACAGUAUAGAAGUUAUAAUAUUUUGUGUUAGGAGAACGUUAUUAUAUAUUGUUUUCCAGGAGCUCGGUAAUAAUCAUUUUUCCAUCAAAGAACCUUUAAACAUGUCCAUGUUUCGAAAACCAAAGAAAACUAUCCAACGCCGUGUGUUUUCUGCCGUAGAAGAUGAAGAAGAAAGUGAUAACAAAGAGUUUUCAGAAAAUGUUUCCACGAGUGAGCCUCCAACAGAUUCGAUAGGUGACUCAACCGAAUGUCAAUUUGAGAAAAGCAAGAAAAAGAAACAUAAGUCAAAGGACAAAGUUAAAGAUACAGGUAGAACACUUCUCAGUUUUGAUGACGAUGGGGAGGAUAACGAAGAAGUUUUCAAAGUAAAAAAGUCAUCUCACAGCAAAAAGGUUAUGCGACAACUUGACCGAGAACGCAAACGUAAAAAGAAACAUGUCAUUCCUGAAGAACCCACUGGUGACCAGGUCGAUGUUCAACAAGACGGCAGAAUUAAGAUACAAACAGAUGACUUAGAGAUCAUUUUGAAACAGACUGAAAUAAAAAACCCUAAUUCUAAUGAUGAAAUUUCAGAUAAAGAAUAUUUGUCAGGAGACGAAGAAUUUAAUGAACCUAGACAUCUAUUUUCACACCCGUCUACUGUUAAAGAUGCCUUGGAAAGAGGCAAAAUUCCUGAUGCUGCUAUGAUACAUGCAGCUCGUAAAAGACGUCAAGAGGCCAGAGAGUUUGGUGAUUUUGUUCCAAUAACAACAAAAAGUAAUAAAAGUCGUUUGGUACGAGAGGAUGGAGAUGGAGAUGGUUCAGAUGAGGAUGAAGAUAGGGUUGAUAUGUCUGUAAAUGUUCAGAAUAAAGAUCGUGCAGAACGUUCUGAAAAGUUUUAUGAAGCUCAGGAUAUGCUAUAUUCUAAGGAAAGUGAUCCUGAACUUGAUGAAUGGGAAAAUCAACAAAUCAGGAAAGGAGUCACUGGUACUCAAAUAGCUAAUGCUCAACAAGAAACCUAUCAAUUUUAUCUUCAAGCUCCAGCUGAAGAAGAUUGCGGUCUGAAAACAUCACAGUUAAGACAAGCUUACGCUAGUGCUGGUAUUGCUCCAAUCACAGAAUCCAAAUUACCAUCAUGCGAAGAAAGAACAUUGCAAGAAAUUGAAAACAAUUUAUUAAAUCGCAUUAAACAAGUGCGUGAAGCACAUGCAGCACAUGCACAAGAUCUUACUCGCCUCUCAGAAGACAUAAUGAAUUUGAAAAUUGAAGGUAAAGUAGCUGAAAAGAAAAUGCCUGAAUAUAAACGCCGAUUUAAAUUCUAUCAGGAAAUGCGUGCUUAUAUAGGAGAUCUUGUUGAAUGUCUAGACGAAAAACUUCCUUGCAUUGUUAGUUGUGAGCAGAGAUAUUCAAAAUAUCAACAAAAUGAAAUGAUGUUUCUUGUUGAGAGGAGGAGACAAGAUGUAUCAGAUCAAGUAAGUGCUGAUAAAGUACGGAAUAAUUCAGAUGAAAAAUUUAUGCAAAGGUGCGCUGAACGCGAGGGCAGACGAGCUCGUAGACGAAGAGCGCGUGAAAAGUGCGGGAUACAGCAAUCUCAUGUGGAAGGAAUGUCCAGUGAUGAUGAGAUUCCAGAUCAGCGAGAAUUGGAAAAUCGACAACAAUUAGAAAUUAUCCUCUCAGAUGUUUCUCAAAUAUUUGCUGAUGCUUGUAAAGAGUUUGCAUCUUUGAAAAGUGUUUUGGAAUGCUUUGAAGAAUGGCUUCGGGAAGAUCCAGAAACAUAUGAGGAUUCUUAUGUAACACUAUGUAUUCCUAAAGUUAUAAGUCCUUAUAUAAGACUAGAAUUAGUUGGUUGGAAUCCACUUAAAAAUACACAUGAUAUAGAAAAAAUGGAAUGGUACAACAUUCUGGCUUUGUUUGGAUCACAAAGUGAAAACUCAGAAGUAGAACAUAAUGAUCUCAAUAUGCUGAUACCGAUGGUUGUUGUUAAAAUCAUCUUGCCAAAACUUGUUGAUAUAAUUGAAUUAUGGGAUCCACUUUCAUCUUCUCAAACAUUAAAAGUUGUAUCACUGAUGACAAAACUUUGCAAGGACUAUCCAAAUCUUACUCCUUCUUGUAAAGCUUUAAAUCGGGUCUUUGAGGUGAUCAUAGAACGAAUAAAAUGGGCUAUAGAUCACGAUGUUUACAUACCUUUAGUUCCAAAGCAAAAUGAAUUCUCUCAAAGGCAGUUUGCAUCGGGAGUGAAACUGUUGCACAACAUUUUGUCUUUUCAGGGAGUGAUAGUUGAUAGUAAACUAAUGAAUUUAGCAUUUGAUCUGCUAUUGAAUCGUUACUUAAUUCCUAUAAUUCGUAUUUGCAAGGCUGCAGAUGCUGCAGAGAAAUUGAAAUGUGUUACUAAUACUUUACCUCGAAUAUGGUUGCAGAGAACUGAGCUUGCUCAGUUCGAGCCUAUUAAACAGUGUGCAACAAAUGUAGCUCGGCAGCUGAGCAAAUCUGAAACACAAGCUGUAGAAACUAUAAAUCAUAUAAUGAAGACUCUAAAUGUUUAAAAUUUUUGUGACAUGAUCAUCAAAAUUUUUACUGCGGUGUAUGAUAAGUUGUUUAAUUUUAUCAACAUAGAAUAUCGACUGGC